AUGAACUCAUCUCCCGGCUUACUCUCGCGCGGCACAAAGAUCAAAGUUGGGGUGCACACGCUGUUUAUCGACAGAUAUCUCAGCGCCGGCGGAUAUGCCCACGUCUACAUCUGCACCUCCCAGCUGCCCAUCUACAACGCCUACAGCCACGUGCUCAAGCGUGUAGCCGUAGCCUCACUCGCCUCUCUCCAAGAAGUCGGCAACGAAGUGGAGAUGAUGAAGCUGGUGCGCAACUCGCCUCACAUUGUCAACCUCAUCGACGCCGCUGCGUAUAAACUUCCGCAGGGCGGUCACGAGGUGUUUAUACUGAUGGAGCUGUGCCCCGGUGGUGGUUUGAUUGACGUUAUGAACCAGCACCUAAAAACGCGCUUAUCCGAGCAGCAGAUACUCGAUGUCUUUGUGGGCGUGAGUGAUGCACUCGCACACAUGCACUCUCUCAGAAUCCUCCACCGCGACCUUAAAAUAGAAAACAUUCUCAAAUCCUCAGGGAGCGUGUACAAGCUGUGCGAUUUUGGCAGCGCAACUCUGCUCCCAGUGCAUCCACAACAGCUGUCAUCCGUCGACGAUAUAAAACGGCUAGAAGAGGAAAUAAACCGAGUUACAACGCUGCAAUACAGAUCACCAGAAAUGAUAAACCUUCCCCAAUCACGGUACAUUGACGAGAAGAGCGAUAUCUGGGCACUUGGCGUGCUGCUGUACAAGCUAUGCUAUUAUACCACUCCAUUCGAGAAUGGGCAAGGGGGCGUGGAUAGUCUGGCUAUUCUGCACGCACAAUACACUAUACCCACUUCACCACUCUACUCCUCCACGCUCAACACACUUAUCAGCUCAAUGUUGAGGCAGGUCCCACGCGAGAGACCAGCUGCUGUGGAUAUACUCAGACGCGUCCACCAGAUGCGCGGAACGCUACAUUUAUUCCAUCCUCCACAACCCAAGCAACCCAAACAACCCUCACCUAUUCCUGUGAAAGGUAAAAGCCGCCCGCUUCCAACUCCCCCACAGCAGCCCGCCAUUUACAAGCAAAACCUGCUUUCCCCCUCCGAUACGCCGCCACUGCGUAGAGGACGUGUGAAGUCAGGUGAGAGUGGUGAUCACCGCACAGGCGGAGCUGUUAGAGGUGUUCAAGCAAGCCAUUCAGACACCCCCUCCCAACCACUCCAGCCACUUAAGACAAUACAAACGACAUCAACGACGUCUGCAAAGACCCCCACUCCCACUCCACACACAUCCAAAUCCCUCCCUAACAAGUUGAACCAAGGCAAUCAAAGACAAUCACCAGCAUCCACGCGCAAUCCACCCACCAUGCCGGCUAAUACCGCUGUUGAUACCCCUACAGCUACAAGUACAACUAGCUCUACUCCGACUAUCACUCCCACUAACGAUGUCAAUAUCAAUGACGACCCUGAAUCGCGUUUCCCAGAUCUGGAAGCGUUUGGCGAUCAAUUUGAUACUCUAUCACGCACAACUGUGCGCGUAGAUGGCGUGAAAGAUGCACAAAGCCCAUACACCCCAGACAGUCCAGAUAGUCCAGACGAGCUAGUGAUCGAGGAGAUACUCCCACGUCAUCUACGCGUCCCUCGCCAACUGUCAUCUUCUAGCCCUGGCAGUGGGAAGAGUGUGCAGAUGGAGGAUUUGAUGGAUGUCACCGGGGCUGGUAGUGGUAGUGGAAGGGAGAAGUGGAAAGUGGAAAGUGACCAACACGACAUCUACGAGCACAAAAACGGCGCACUCCCCCCUCACCUGUCGAAUAAGGUUGAAGUGCGCUCACCUUCGCCGCUCAUACCGUCAGAACACAUGCAAGAUUUGCAGAGCGUGCAAAACUUGAAUGUGCCAGAUGCGCGUGGUAAAGAUGAAGAGGAAAUUGGUGGAAGAAUUGACAGCAAUUCAAAUACAUUGUCUGAUACUCACCCUCGCCCACACUCACACUCACAUUCCCUGUCAUCCUCCGACGACGAUGCGGAAGAUAUUGAGUAUCCGCUGAGUAGGAACUAUGCCAUAUCAUCCACGACCAACGAGAAAAAUUUGGAGGAAGAGGAGCAAGAGAAGCAGGUGGUGAAAGAGAAAGAAGAGAAGCAAAAAAGUGAAGAAGAGAAAAAGCCACAGGAGUUGCGCCAGGAGGUCGACAACACCGUGCAAGCGCCGUCUACAGAGCUUGGUCAGACACCGUCUAAUCCGCCUUCUUCUCAACGUCCACCUUCCCCUCUUGUAAGCGGAGUUGGUGAGCAGCACGAGCUCGAUAAAUUCAGCACUUCGGCAACACCACACACAACACACAAAACAAGCACACUACCACACUCAUCACCACCACCUUCUAAGAAAAAGAGUAACCUCCAGAUAUUGAUUGAGAAGGACGCCGAACGCACCAAAGCGCAGUCGGAGCGCGACGUGCACGAUGUGCUCGAUAAAGGAUACGACAAGAAUGCAUACCCGCUGAUAUCGCCAGUGAAAGAAGAGGGUGUACGGAGUACGGAAAGUGCACAGGCUGUGCAAAGUGCGCAAAAAGCGCUACUUGACAGCGAUCCAUCGGUGCAUUCGGUCCAACCAGAGAACACAUGGCAGAGAGAUAGAGAAAGAAAGGGAGAAAGAGAUAGCGAUAGAGAUAGAGGUCAAAAGGCAGUACACACCGGAAUGCUUGUCGAUAUAUACCCAGAUCCUGAUUCUGGUGGCACUGGUACACAGACAAACACGCAAACCUCAACAGUGACAGCCGAUACAUCUCCAGCAACUUCACAGCUGAUAGACGUAGAUGUAGACUACCCAUCAAAGUCUCAGUCUCAGCAGUCUCAGCAGUCUCGCGUGUCAUCCCAAGCAGACGCAAAGCCGUCCGUCAAACCCAAACCUAAACUCACAAGUACCAAAUCAUCAGAAAGUAGUAGUAGGAAGGAGAAUGACAAUGAAGAGCAGACACAUUCACUAUCGCAAAACUCAAAUACCACCGCCAACACCACGCAAAAUUCAGGACGCAGACACAUAUUGCAUUCACGCCCACGCACACACGCCCGUGCUGCAUCUAUGGUAGAUCGUUAUGAGACCAUGACAAUGGACGUACAGGAGAUGGAAGUUAAGGGGGAUAAAGCUCCACUGUCGCAUGUCAAACCUAAACCCAAACCAGAGUCUAUGGCGGGACAAAAAACGUCCAAAGCACCUGCGACAUUGACAACACCUGCGACACCGAUCAUACCUAAGAGUCCAGAAAAACAGCACAUUUCACCGAAACGAAUCCCAAACAAACACUCAAACGCACGACCUGUGUCAAUGUAUGCUGAUGCAAGCCCCAGUCAGAAAAGCUCUGAUGAGAAGGACGAGGGAAGAUUUCCAGGCGUCGCAGCGAGGAUAGAGCAGUGGAAUAAAGUGUAG